AUCACGAACUUGACCUUUUCAAGAUUGCGAGGUUCGAUUACACACUGCAAUCGGGUCAUUGUCGAGUCUACUGUUGGAUCCGUCCGCAACAAGUCCACCAGUAAUAAACAUGCAGCAUAUUGUGUGUUUCGUAGCAGCGUUGUCGCUGGCCUCCGCAACGUUAAAGUUUCAACUGCAUGAAUGCCAUACACAGAACCCUAUCUUGCAUCUCUCCAACCCACAUCUCAGCGCCGAUACCGUCCACAUCCCAGGACCGGAAACCGGUGAUGUCGACGUACAGAUCCUUCGGCCGGUUGACGGAAGCUAUACGUUAGACGUCCACGUUCAAACUCACGUGUUGUUCGGUUUCGUUGACGUCCCCUGCAUAUCGAACCUUGGAAGCUGCUCCUACGACCUGUGUGGAAUCCUGAGUGGACAGCAAUUCAACAACACGCACCACUGCCCCCUCGAGAUCGCUGCCUCCUCCCCGGACUUCCCGUGCGCGUGCCCGUUCGAUGCCGGAAAUUACCACCUCAAUCCCACCACCUUCCAGAUACCGGAACUUAGCGGGCUCCUCAAGUGGCUGGCCUCGGGCGACUACAAGGUGCAUUUCACCAUCAAGAACACGAGAACAUCGGAAGUGGUCGCAUGCUAUGACGUUCAAUUUACCACGGCGGCCGACUGUUCCGGUAUCAGCUGUCUUUUCGGCCGGAAGCGGGUUUCCAAGAGGAAUGCCUUCGGUGUUGCGUUCACUGUUGACAUUUAAACUGGCUGUUAUAAAGCGGAUUUUAUUAAUAUAAAAAGAUACCAGGGAA